UUAGUCUCUAAAGAUUCUAUUAAUAUUGUAUUGAAUGAUGAGAAGAUUGAUUGUGAUAUAGAAUUUCUUGAAGAUCAGCUUGAAAGACUACAAACAACUUUAAGCUAUUUGUUAAAUGAAUCAGUAGAAAUAGUAACUCAAUUUCAACAGAGUAACAAAUACUCUUACAACGAAAAAAAAUCAUCAAAUUUAAAAAAAGGCGAUGUAUUCACAUGGGUUUGGAAAGUAAAAAAAGCUCUUAAUAUAGCACUUGAUUUGGGAUAUACUGAUGAAUUUGUUGAUAUGAUUGAUGGCUUUAUUACACACAAAAAAAAUUUUAUUGAAGAAACAGAAAAUAUGAAUAUUGCAGAUCCUUUAGUUUGUAAACAUCAUGGACGGCUAUCUAACAAGCAAAUAAAGGCAUCAUCAGAAGGUGAUUAUAGCAAAAUCAGUAAUAGUGCUCUCAAUUUGUCUGAUUCUAAUUUGUAUGUACAACCAUUACGACAAUCAGAAAAUACAUCUGCAUCAAGAGUUUCUUUUUAUACUAUUAAUAAAAACACUGCAACAACACAAGUUAUUAAUGAUAAUAGUGUUAAACAUAAGUAUAUAUGUCAGUUAUAUGGUGAAUCUGGGCAUAAUUCUAAAGUUGUAAUAAGAAUG